AUGAGUGUUUUGGUUUCCUUUAAUCUUGCUAAAGAGCCAGACCUGCCGCUCUGCCCCACCAACAUCCAGUUCCUACCUCAGAAGCUCCCCAUGCAUUGCCGAAUGCCGACAGCUGCAGAAAAAGCGUCUUCCAAUGUCAUGCCAAUGCCCAUGCCUGGUAUGAGCAUGGGCAUGCCUGGAGGCCCCGCCCCCGUGGGCCUGCCUGCCCCGGGCCAGGUGCCGCUGCAGAUGGGCAUGCCUAUGGGAUUCCCCUACCCGAUGCCACCACCGGCUCCAAAACUACCCGUCAUAGUCAUGCCUUUCUACUCUCAAGAUAAUAGUUUUAAACGUAGCUUGACUACCAAGAGACCCAAACACAACAGAGAGACCAGUAGUGGUGACGAGAGCUCAGAUACAGAUACAGAUGGCGACACUGACACGUCUUCCGGAUCCGAUGAUGGGUUCUGGAAGAAACGAAGAAGACACUCAAGGAAAAGGGGUGGAAGGAAACACACUAGAAGAAACCAUAACGAAGAGGCAGAACAUGGAAUAAGAGGAGAUAUUCUGACACCUGUCUUGCAGUAUAUGACCAAGGAUGGUUACGUUAUUUAUGAAAAGACUAUUUCAAAAGGGGAAGCUAAAGAUUGGUUGGAAUUGAAUAAUAAUCAUAUUCAAAAGGAAGAAACUUCUGUCAAUGCAGACAAAGAUAAACAAAAUAAUGCUAACAAUAAUGAAACUGACAAGAUGAAGAGAGAGUUUGAGAAAAACUCAUCUAACCAUAUAGAUAGCGAUAAAACCAAUCAUAAAUCUAAGAAAACAAAUCACCCCAACAUUGAGCCAGAACUAACAAAGCAACAAAGUAAAAAAACCACCAGAAAUAGGAAAAAGCAAACGGUUGUAAAUUUUUAG